CAUCAUCAAGAAAGUUCAAUCUUGAAAAAAAAGAACAAAAAAGAAAAUGGAGAUCCCUAUGAUCGAUUUUAGCAAGCUUGAAGGCGAAGAAAGAAGCGAAACAAUGGCACUUCUUCACCAUGCUUGUGAGAAAUGGGGCUUCUUUCAGAUUGAAAACCAUGGAGUUGAUAAGCAACUGAUGGAGAAAGUUAAAAAACUAGUGAAUCAACAUUACGAAGAGAAAAUGGAGAAGAGUUUUUAUAACUCUGAAAUUGUUAAAAGUGUUGAAGAUAAAAACAAAACAACCGAUAUCGAUUGGGAAAGCACUUUUUUCUUAUGGCAUCGCCCGAAUAACAAAAUCAACGAGUACACUAACCUUUCUGAAGAACUUCGAAAAACAAUCGAUGAGUACAUUGAUCAACUUAUAAAAGUAGCCGAGAAGCUUUCUGAACUCAUGUGUGAGAAUCUUGGUCUAGAAAAAGACCACAUGAAAAUGGCUUUUUCAGGAACCAAAGGUCCUUCGGUAGGGACAAAAGUGGCGAAAUACCCAAAAUGCCCUCACCCAGAACUCGUAAGAGGUCUUCGUGAACACACGGAUGCCGGUGGCAUCAUUCUAUUGCUACAAGAUGACCAGGUGCCUGGUCUUGAGUUUUUAAAAGAGGGCAAAUGGGUAAAUAUACCACCUUCGAAGAACAAUACUAUUUUUGUUAACACGGGUGAUCAAGUUGAAGUGUUGAGUAAUGGAUAUUAUAAAAGUACAGUUCAUCGAGUUAUGACUGAUAAAGAUGGAAGUAGGCUUUCGAUUGCCACUUUUUAUAAUCCUAAUGGCGAUUCGGUAAUUUCACCAGCUCCUAAGUUGUUGUAUCCGAAUCGGUAUACUUUUCAAGAUUAUUUGAAGCUUUAUUCGUCUACUAAGUUUGAAGAAAAAGGGCCGAGAUUUGAAUCUAUGAAGAAGAUGGUCAAUGGUCAAUGAAAUGGUGAAAUCUUCAUGCAUAAGAGUCGAUGAUCUCAUACUUGUUUGUGUUUUUUUACUUUUUGCAAACUUUUGAUCAUAGUAGUAAUGUUG